AAAUUAAGCACGAGCAAAAUUACGAAUAAGGUGAUUUCUCAUAAUUUAAUUUUGCAACCGUCCUGUGACCUGUCUUGAAUUAUCAAUAAUUUAAAAGCUACUUUAUCGUCAACAUAAAAGGAAAUGGAAAAUUGUCAUGAAGGAAAACCACAGAAAUUUGCGCGCUUGAAUUUCAAACUUCUUCGUGACUGAAGGAAAUCGGUUAGUCAAAUAAAUCGGGCGGCCCUUAAUACAGUUGCGAUACUUAACUUGUGUGAUACGGGUUGUUCGUUAUUGGUGAAGCGUGAUAUCUGUUAAAUGCUGUCGACAAUAUUAUCCUCGUUCUCGGACGACAGGUGCCACAGUAAUCUUUUACAGUUCAGUACAAACGUUAUUUACAUGUAGUAUGGAGUUCGAAGAGUUCGCGAUCCGACCUGCCCGUCGUCCACAAAACAGCAGGCGCCCGGCGCCUCGCCAAUGGGUAAUCUUGGCUGUGAUAAGUUCAGUUCUGGCUGUUGUCAUGACGUUACUGUUCACUUGGCACGCUGUAACGUACACUCAAAGAAGUUGCGACGUUCAAAAACCCAACGCAACUGCACGUGAAGAAACGAGACAUCACAAGGCAGUGUCUCUGGAUAUUGCGUGUCCUGAAUUUCCAACCGUAGCAUCCUUAUCUCGCCCUCUACCGAGCGAAAUACAACACAUUCUGGACAAGCUUGAUUCUUAUUUAAGCGCAAUCAUCGAUGAAAACUCAUCUCUACCAGCUAUUUCAGCAAACGUUUUUCAUCAUGAUUCUGUGAUGUGGAGCGGUCAUUACGGAAGCAAAACCCACAACAAGUCACCACACAAGAGACCUGACGGCGACACGGUGUACCGCAUCGGAAGCAUCACCAAGAUAUUUUCAGUCCUUUUGAUCUAUAAGUUGUUCGAGUCUGGUGUGAUCGACUCAGUGGAUGAUUCUUUAAGCAAGUACGUGCCUGAGUUCGAUGUCAAAAAUCCUUUUACAGACGAAAACAUUACACUGAGGCAAAUUGCCAGCCAGAUGUCAGGGCUUCCGCGAGAAGCUCCUUGUAUGUACCACUGCACUCAGACCAAUUCCACCGAGCAGCUGAAGUUACUGAGAAAUAGAUAUCUUGUAAUAGAGCCUUGGACAACGCCCUCUUACAGCAAUCUCGGCUACGCUCUGCUGGGAAGGCUGUUAACUGAAAAUCUGCUCAAUAAAACUUUUGAAUGCUGGGCGAAGGAAGAAAUUCUCGAUCCCUUAGGAAUGUUCAAUACUGGCUUCGAAAUCACUAACGAUGUAGAAAAGAACAUAGCCUUUCCAUACCUAGGAAAGGACCAGAAGAAAGUUUCAAAGACACCUUUUUCGAGAUUGGGCUGGCUAGCUCCCGCUGGCGAGAUGUAUUCCACGGUAAACGACUUGGCGAAACUGGGUAUGAUGUUUACUCGACCAUGGGCACAAAAGAUUCUCAAGGUCUCGACUAUCCGUGAAAUGUUACUUCCAGCUGACAUCGCACCCGACGGGCGUACAGUUUGGGGAUCCCCGUUCGAGAUGUUGUACAUCGGGGGGUUUGUUGUGCGAGGCAAGGGUGGAAACAUCGACACAUACGAAGCUUUCUUUACUUUUGAACCGAGACUACAACUGGGAAUAAACGUGUUAAUCAGCGCCAGAGACUUUAUGAAACCCCAGGGUUUAACAGCCAUGGCCAUUGCUGCUAAAGCCCACGAUCUUUUGCUACCAGCCAUAAACAACACCCUGUUCGCCAUGCAGAUUGCUGCAUCUUUUCCCAUUGACCCCAGCCCAUUCAUCGGGUAUUUCAUUCUCAGGCACACCCUCCCGAUAACACUAGAGACAUUCCACGCCAUAGCGCAAAUCAGCGUAUUUGAAAAUUUCCUCCGUCUUCAGUAUGUGCAACCUUUGUCAUUGUUUAUCAGGAUCAGACAUAUCGGGUUCCCUUUGACGUUUCAAGCUUCUUAUCAUCACGAAGGCAUUUCUUGCUGGGAUAAGAGAAGCGGGAUAUUAGCGGAUGUGCACUUUGAUGCUCCGAGUCAAAACGGGCUGUCACAGUUUUUCGACGCUCCUGGCUGGAGUAUUGUUGGCAAACGAGUAGCAUUCGACCCCAAUUACCAACCCCGUGUUCUUGAAACUGAGAAGGGACUUAUCAAAUCGUUCUUCCAACAUUCCUACUUUCGCCAGCCGUUUUAAUCCCGCCCUAUUCCGUGGUCGCAAUAUUUGAUAGCAGUAUUCGCCAUGAGCCAAAUACACCAGUGCCGGCAGUCUCUGAUAAGUGUUCAGGUGCCGCCUCCAAAGAGUCUAGAAAGAGUCUGUGUGGAGUGGGAUUAGUAAGAACUUCUUUCUUCUUUCACAUGGAGUUUCGGGUUCGUGAGGCACACAAACUUCGCUCACAGACAUUUGAGUCCACUUCCAGCUGCACUUUUUGGAAAGAACACAGUAUAGAAAGUGUAGGGCUUUGCAUUUUAGGUCAGAGUGCAUUUAGUUGAACACAAGAAAAGA